GACAGUACGACGUCAAAUGAAUCAUCGAACCGUCGUCACACUUUUCUAUUUUCAUCGUUUCUUUUUGAUUCCUCUACCGAUGUCAUUCCAACCCUGAACACUGUCGAAGACACAACUUCCUUCCUUCCAGUAAAACAAGAAGAUGGCAACGAAAAGAAAGAGCGCGGCGUCGGGACUGGAAUUUCCAGGACAACAUGUUUACGUCCGUACGACCAACGAAGAUGCCGAGGCUCCUGAACAUCAAGCCCGCGUGCAGAAUUGGAUUCAAGAGUACGAGAAGAAUCGCCAGGUUUUCGUCUUCCCAACUCCAACCGUACGCACUUUUUCCACUUUGCUACUAGUGCUUGGAUUGCUGUCUCUUUUGAUCCAGAUUGCCUCGUCGUCAUUGCGCUAUGCGUUCGUGCCAAGUCUCCUUGGCUCUGGUAUCUGGAUCGGCAUGUUUUGCGUGGCUACGGGCGCUGUUGGCUGGGUUUCUUCUAAGAGGCUGAGUACUUCAAUGCUACUAGAUUUUAACCUCAUGGCUCUGAUUUCGACCGCUCUUUCGGCUAUUAUCAUCGUUCUUAACAGCAUUGGACUGGAAAUGUAUACAAAGCUAUGCUUCAAGUCGAUGAUACCUACGAAGGAAAAUUUGAUAACAAGCGGGAAGAAUGAAACGGAACUUACUGCCGGACAACAGCCGACGACGUCUUCUGCCGCCGUGAAUUGGAUUGGCGAAUGCGAUCAAGCAUCAUUCAUACUCAUGGGCAUUGUGGUCUUUAUUCACGUCCUUCUCUUUCUGACAUCGGCGAGCUGCAGUUCUUACAUCUGUCGGGCCCUGAACUCGUCUUACAGCGUUCGCGUAAGUCCGACCCAGGCACCACCGCUAGUGAUCUAUCAUAGCGAUACUGUUGAAGUAGACAAAAGCGGACCAGGCGCAUCUUCAGCUGCAAGCGCCGGAGCUGCUGGAGUUGCUGCUGAAAAAAUGAUGGAGAAGCUACACCAUCCAGGAUUAGAGAGAGGACACGAACACCAUGGCGGAGGAUUCAAUACUCCAGCUGUGCCCUAAAAACUUGCUGUUUUUCAAGCCAAUUUAAAAUUUAGUAUCUUCAAUCAUCCAUUUCAUUCCCCUUCAUUAGAUGAUUGUGUGGUUUUUACUAGGAAAUGUUUAUCAAUAAAGCCUUAACUGUAAAGAUUUUAACUUUGUUUAUUCGUUCAAAAAGAGAUAUUGUUGUUUGGGUUAGAGUAUUUUAAUUUGAAUUGCUGUUGGACAUUGAAGUUUUUACCUUAUUUUACUUGGAAUUGCUAUUAUUAGUGUGGAAAAUCCGUAUUUCGUGGUGUUAAAAGUUGGCUCUUAUUGUAACGCUUUUUUAUUCCCUUGAGAAUUUAGAUAUCUGAACAACGUCAUGGCAUCAACGUAGAGUUAUUCCAAGAAGUAACGUUCGAGGAAUGACAGUAAUCCUCGUUGACCCAUCGACUCAAGUCUUCAGUUGACGACGUGCCAUUGAAUGCAGACAAACGAGUUUCUUCAAACAUAAUCAAAUAUCAACGUAAAAAUGAUGGAAUUUCCUGGCAGGAUUUAUUUAAGGGCUGAAGAUGACAUCCACUCUGCCGAACAUCAAACCAAGCUGAAUAAGUGGAUUUUAGAAUUCCAGAGAUUGAGCCGUGAAUCGUUUGUUUUCCCAGAAAGGGGCAUUCGCAGCUUUGGCUACAUGUUCUUCGUGAUCGGUCUCAUAUUAAUGAUUAUACAGAUUACCCUGUCUUCUAUUCAAAAUGUUUACAUUCCAAGUCUUCUCGGUUCGGGAAUUUGGAUUGGAUUGCUAAGUGUGGCGACUGGUGUUGUUGGAAUCUAUGCUGCCCAACAGAAGAGCACUAGAAACUUGUUGGAUUUCAUGGUAAUGACGACAGUUCUUAACAUAUUUUCGGCCAUGGUAGUUAUCUUGAAUACCAUUGGACUUGAAAUGUACUCAAGGUUUUGUGCGUCUGGGAAAGCAAAAGAAUGGAUUGGAGAAUGUGGAGAAGCCACUGUAAUUUUGCAAUCGAUUUUGGUAUUUCUAAACGUGUUACUGUUUUUGUCAACUGCCUGUUGUGGUGGUUUUGUUGGUAGAACGCUCGACAUGUCCUUUCAACUUCGAACACCACCGCUAGUGGUAUAUUACAGCCAGAAUCCAAUCGAGCAAAUAAUUCAAACCGAAGAACAGCAAGCUUCAAAAAGUAGUGAGACCUUAUCGGAAAAUAAAACUUAUCGUGGCGAUAUUGCUAGUGAAUAAUCGCUGCAUUUCAGUUUUCAAACAUUUCUGCUUUGUUAAGUAAUAUGUGAGUUUCAUUAUGCUGUACAGUUAUGCACACUUAAUUUCGAGCUUGCAUUUAUUUACCAUAAAAACUGAUUCUUCAAAAGGUAGGCCUCCUUUUCAUUUAAAAAUUGCACCCUCUUUAGAUAAGAGUUGCCGGAUGUUUGAUAUAAGUUGUAUCUAUGUCAUCAGCAAUUACGUCAUUUCGUUGUCAUUUAUAAUAAAAAGAACUUGAAAAACUUGAAAAA